AUGUUUUGGUCAUGGACCUCUGCUCUAAAGAUCACUCUUCUUCUUCUCCUCGUUUCCUCUGUUAUUGCUGCUAUCUUGAUUCUCCCAAUUCAAAAGAUUUUGAAUGAUUUCUUGAUAUGGGUUGAUCGUGAUCUUGGGCCAUGGGGUCCCCUUGCUCUGGCAAUUGCUUACAUUCCUUUAACUAUAUUGGCUGUUCCGGCGUCUGUACUUACGCUUGGCGGUGGUUAUCUAUUUGGCCUUCCAAUUGGCAUUAUUGCUGACUCUAUUGGUGCAACCAUCGGUGCUGUAGCUGCAUUUCUUCUUGGUGGAACAAUUGGGAAAUCAUUUGUUGUUGCUAAGUUGAAGGACUAUCCACAAUUUAGAUCAGUGUCAAUUGCAAUCCAAAGAUCUGGCUUUAAGAUUGUGUUUCUGCUUCGCCUUGUUCCAUUACUUCCGUUUAAUAUGUUAAAUUACCUCCUAUCCGUGACUCCGGUUGCAUUAUGGGAAUACGCAUUGGCGUCCUGGUUAGGAAUGAUGCCAAUAACGGUGGCACUUGUGUAUGCUGGAACAACACUCAAAGAUCUAUCCGAUGUGACACAUGGUGGAGGAGAGUUCUCAAAGACUCGUUGGGCUUUCUUAAUUUUGAGUCUAGUCAUAUCUGUGGUUUUGAUGAUUUGUGUUACGAAAGUUGCCAAGUCUGCUUUAAAUAAUGCCUUGGCUGAAUGUGGAGAAGACAUGAGUAACACGACAUCUUCCUCGGAACAGCCCAUUGUCACUGAACCUUUAGUAGAUCUCAAUCAGCCUCUUGUUAAUGAGAUAGAUCAGAAUCAAGACAAUCAACAACAGUAA